GUACGGAACACGCGCAACCUAACAGAACCCUGCAGGAUCUAGCUUCGUUGGAGCGUGUUUGUUUUUAGGGGAUGACUUGCGCCCAUUCCGCAGGAAGUCUCCGUUAAUGUUGUCAUUCCUGCUGACAUUUUUUUCCCUCUUUCUCCGCUGCCAAUAGCAUGGUACGCAUUUUGCUUAUCAUGAAUAGUCAUCAAUUCAUUCUCAAAUACGCAACCUCUGCGAAAUCUCCGCGACAUCCCCAUAACCCCGGAGACUGCCUACGCACGUUCUUAUUUCCCCAAUUGUAUACUCAUAUGCACUGCAGAGACGACGGUGAUGACAUGGCCUGUAGCCAGAGGAUGCCGCCGCUUCGGCCAGAACACCCAAGUCACUACGAGUACGACACUCCACACCAAUAUGACACCAUCCUUACACGUUACAUGCGCAAAGCGCAGAUCUUCCCUUUUGUCAAUGUCAUUGUUCAUGCCCGUCAUCAUCUUGGUCUUCCAAGAAUCAACCUCGAGCCCGACGCAUGUAGAUUCGGAUGCAAACUACAUUUCAACAACCAUUUCGACUGGCGUCAAUAUGGUACCGCCAGUGCUCAACUCUCUUCUUACAUCAACGAGAUGGGGCGAGGCUAGUUGCUCCCGUUGCGGUUCCCCUUCUAACUUUUUACUAAUCAAUUGCAAUUUCGAUGUAUGGUAUCUUACCCUUGCACUAAUGAAAU